AUGGCUGAAAAUACGUUGCUCAUUUACAUUAUGUCCUUUAUAAAACUGCUCUCAGAGUCCAGAAGAGGAGGCAGGUCCGUUCACAAGGAUGAGAUGCUGGGGCGCGAGGGUGUUGAUGAUGAUACAUUGAGAUUCGGGGAUUUGCUGUUUGAGGAGGAGGUGGAACAGUGUGCGGACCUGUGUCAGCGAGUCUUACACCAUUGCAGCAGCAGUGUGGACAGCACCCGGAGCCAAGCCUGCGCCACCCUCUACCUCCUCAUGAGGUUCAGCUGUGGAGCCACCAGUAACUUUGCAAGAGUGAAGAUGCAAGUAAUCAUGUCUCUGGCAUCUUUGGUGGGCAAAGCACCAGACUUUAACGAGGAGUACCUGAGAAGAUCCUUGAGGACGAUCUUGGCCUAUGCAGAAGAGGACACAGCCAUGCAGGCCACUCCUUUCCCCACCCAG